AUGCUUUGGUUCUGCUUUGCGGCUUUGCUAGCCGUCAGCUCAGCUAAUGAUGAAAUCAAGAAUUUGCCAGGAGUAGAUUUUGAUCUUGAUUUCAACCAUUACUCUGGUUUCUUGCAAGCUUCUGAAAACCAUCUUCUCCAUUACUGGUUUGUUGAAUCUCAGAACAGCCCAGCCAACGACCCUUUGAUCUUCUGGUUCAACGGUGGACCAGGAUGCUCUUCACUCGACGGACUUCUCAACGAGAUGGGCCCAUACACUUGCGACAAGGAUGGAAAAACUUUGAACAAGAAUCCUUACUCUUGGAACAAGUUAGCUAGUGUUGUCUACAUAGAAUCUCCUGCUGGAGUAGGUUUCUCUUAUGCUCUCGAUGGUAAUAUCACAACCAACGAUGAUCAAACUUCUCUGGAAAACUAUGAAGCAGUUAAGGAAUUCUUCCGCAGAUUCCCUAAAUUCCGUCAUCAGCCAACGUACAUUAUGGGAGAAUCAUAUGGAGGAGUUUAUGUUCCAACUUUGACUGCCAGAAUCGUUGAUGGGCAGGAAGAUUUCCCAAUCAACUUGAAGGGAAUGGCUCUUGGAAACGGAUAUGUCAACGAGAAAUUGAACAUUGACACAUCAAUCCGAUAUGCAUACGGUCAUGGAAUCAUUGAUGAAAAAACCUGGAACACUCUUGAGAAAGACUGCUGCUCAGGAUGUAUCGACAGCUGUGAUUUCACUCAGGUUGAGGGACACUGUGCCACCAUGGUCGAGGAUAUCUUCCAAUUCUUAUGGGGUGGUGGAUUGAACCCAUACGAUCUUUACAGAGACUGUGACCCUAACCCUGAUUUCAAUGGAGACAGAAUGAGCCACAUGUUGAGAGGAGUCGCUCCAGGGUUCAGCAAGCGCCUUCAGAACAAAUCACCUAAGAAGGGAGAUCUUUUGAAAUGGCUCCGUUCCAAGGAACCUCUCUUCGGAGAUGCUCCAUGUCUUAAUGACUCUGAUGUUAUCCAAUACAUGAAUAAUGCUAAAGUUCGCCGAGCUCUCAACAUUCCUUUCAACCUACCUAAAUGGGACAUCUGCAGUGAUAAGGUCACCACCACUUAUGAGAAGCAAUAUACUGACAUGAGCCCAUUCAUUAGAAAAAUACUCUCCGCUCAUGUUCGUGUUCUUCUCUAUUAUGGAGAUACUGAUAUGGCAUGUAACUUCAUGAUGGGACAACAGUUCGCUGAUCAACUUGGAAUCAAGAGAACUCUCGGAAAGACACCCUGGAAGUUCGAUCGUCAAAUUGCUGGUUUCAAAACUCUUUUCAAUGGUCUCACUUUCCUCACUAUUCGUGGUGCUGGACAUAUGGCUCCUCAAUGGCGUGCUCCUCAGAUGCACUACGCUAUCAAGCAGUUCCUGCUCAAUCAUCCCAUUUAA